CUCUCCACCUAUGCAGAUCUGAAACAGGUUUAGUGUUAAAUUUUAUUUCCUAGCCAACAUGCUGUCUUAUGAUGAGGAGCCCAUGGACACUUCAGACACUCCCUGGUACUGGUUCUAUAAAGCGGAGUGUGGCAUGUGGCACAGAAUUGAGGAUGAUCCAGGGAAAUACUUGGACAGCUCAUACCUGGACAGGUAUUACUUAAAAAACCCUCAGGGAGUUUUAGAGAUUAACACAGCAGCGGGGGACAUCACGAUUGAUUUUUCAGGGCAAACGCAGACCAACUUAAGGACAGGGCAGAAGCAACGGAUAACACGCUCCUUUUCAAGCUGUUUGGACCACAGUUUCCGAUGUACAUGUGCACACGAGGCUCCAUCUCUGCCUUCUAACUGGGUGACCAUGGACCCCAAGAAACCUUUUCUGGCUGUUUCUCUGGACUUGCACAGCAGCGAGUUCAAGGAAGUGGAGAGAUAUACCAAACACCAUGGCUUACUGCAGAAACACAUUAAAAAAAUACACAGAAUACAGAAUGUGGAUCUCUGGGAGUUUUACUGCAGGAAAAAAGCCCAGCUGAUGAGGAUCAAAGGUCAAUCACACAUUGAAGAACAAAGGCUCUUCCAUGGCACAAGUAGAGACAAUGUGCAUAGUAUUUGCAAAUACAAUUUUGAAUGCAGACUGUCUGAUAAGAGGAGGCACGGUUGUGUUUAUGGCAAAGGUACAUACUUUGCAAAACAUGCAUCCUAUGCUGACAAUUAUAGUGUACCUGACCAGCAAGGGUUUAAUAAAACACAAGUAAUGGUCCUCGCACGUGUGAUUGUUGGGGAAUAUAAAAAAGGAGAGGAUGACUUCUGUAAACCUGAUGAUGACCUAAAGGAAAACCUACAUGACAGCUGUGUGGACAAUCCAUCACAUCCUACAAUUUAUGUUAUUUUUGACUCCAACCAGAUAUAUCCAGAGUAUGUGCUUGAGUACUGAGCAGUAGCACAGUUCUGUUAUAGGCAGCAAAACACAUCACUGCACC